CGAUCAUGAAGGAUACAUACUUAGUAGUUGGUGGAUCAGGAUUCCUUGGUAAUCACAUCGCAGAAGCCUUGAAAAAGAGGGGAGAUACCGUUUUCGUUACCGAUUUGGUACAGAGACACUUUGAUAACAAGAUUGAGUUCUACUCAGCAGACUUGACUAAAAAGGAGCAGUUGAAUGAACUCGUCAGUAAACUUAAACCAAGCUGUAUCAUACACACUGCAUCACCAAUUCACGGUUUAGGUCAACACGUCUAUAAAGCAGUAAAUGUUGACGGUACAAGUAAUUUACUUGAAGUUGCAAAAGCCAACGACGUCAAGAAGUUCGUUUUCACAAGCUCAGCUGGUACCGUGUAUGAUGGCAGUGAUUUGAUUGACGUUGACGAGAGAUGUCCUUAUCCGCAAGUUGCAAUGGAUGCAUACAACGAGACUAAAGCACAAGCCGAGAAGAUUGUUCUCGAUAACAACGACGACAACGGUUUGCGUACCUGUGCAAUCAGACCUGCUGGUAUCUUCGGUCCGGGCGAUAGACAAGUUCUUGCUGGAUUACUCAAAGUUGUUGAAAACAAUCAAACUAAAUACCAAAUUGGAAAUAAUGAUAACCUCUUCGAUUGGACGUACGUUGGUAAUGUCGUACACGCCCACUUAUUAGCUGCUGAUAAGCUUAAUGAUCCACCAAUUGAUCCAGCUGUAUUUAAAGAAAGCAUUGGAUUCGUUACACCAACUGUUCAAGAUAUUCAAGUACCUACAUCUAGAUCUAAAAACAUUGGACCACACCCAACAAGAGAUGUUACCGAUGAGGAAACAGCUUUCGCUUUAACAUACAAUAAGGGUGUUAAAGAAGUUAAACCAGUAAUUAGAACAAAAUUCGAUCAAUACUUUGAACCAACAAAACCUGAAGUUGCUCCUUCAUUAAAGGUAGCAGGUAAUGCAUUUUUCGUUACAAAUGGUGAACCAAUUUACUUCUGGGAUUUCCCAAGAGCCGUCUGGAGAGGUAUCGGACAUAUUCCACCAAAACCUACUGUUUUGCCUUCCUCAUUUGGUUACUACCUUGGUGCAGCAGCUGAAGCUUUCGCUUGGAUAACUGGACGUGAUGCUGGAUUCACUAGAUACAGAGUAAAAUAUGCAAGCUCAUCUAGAUACUACAAUAUUGAAAAAGCACGUCGAGUGCUUGAUUACGAACCUAUUGUUGGUAUUGAAGAGGGUAUCGCAAAAACUUUGGAUUGGUACAAAACAACUCAAGUAAAGAGUUAAUGAAGAAAUAAAGAUAUCAAAAACAACAAAUGGAAGAAUAUCGUACUUAAUUGGUUUUUUGUGUUUUUAAUAGAUUAAUUU